UGUCCAUAUUUAGUCUCUGCCCUUCCAUUAAUCCAUUUCAACCAGGCUUAAGCUAAAAAAUUUUCACCCAAACAAAUAUAAUUUUUUUUCCUUAACAUAAAAUCUGCCCUUUUUCUACAAAAAUCUAUUUAGCUGUUUGAGAUUCUAAUGGCUACUUCAUUCUUUCAAAAGUAUUUGUUAGAUUGAUCUUCAGGGAAAAAAAAUUCCUUUAUUUACUCAGACUCAAAGAUUUUCAAUGGUUGUAGUAUGUGGGAAAUGUUCUUUAAUUAUUUUCCUCAGCUUUGAGUCUUCUUUGGCUGUCAUCCCUAUUCAGACUGCCUUUUAUAGUCUAAAUAAAACCACCUCCCCUUCUGCGUCCUCUCUUCUGUUCUUAUUGAAAACACUUUCAAUUUUCCUUCUUUUCAUUCUCCAGACUCUUUCUUCCUCUCUUUCUCAUUGAAACCAAAGUUCUUGAUAUUCUUCUUAUCUAACACUCCUUUGUUUUUUUGUUUUGUCCCUUUUGACAACUCCUAAAUCUCUCUGUACAUAGCAGCAAAGAGAGCAUCAUUAAUGGCAGCCAACAAAUUUGCAACCAUGUUGCAUAAAAACACGAACAGAAUCACUUUUAUUCUUGUCUACACAUUACUAGAGUGGAUUCUGAUCGUUCUCCUCCUUCUCAAUUCUCUGUUUUCUUAUCUUAUCAUUAAAUUUGCUGAUUACUUUGGUCUUAAAAGACCUUGCCUUUGGUGUACUAGGCUUGAUCAUAUCUUUGAGCCAUCAAAACACAUGAAUUCUUUUAGAGAUCUUGUGUGUGAUGAUCAUGCCAAUGAGAUUUCUAAACUGGGUUAUUGUUCAAAUCAUCGGAAACUAGCAGAAUCUCAAGAUAUGUGUGAGGAUUGCUUGUCCUCAUCACGGUCGGAUUGUUGUGACUUGUCAAAGAAGUUAGCUUUAUUUCCAUGUAUGAAGCAGGUUGGUUUAAUCCAGGAUGGUGGUGAUAAAGUGAUAGAAAAUGGUGAAGAGAAUUUCAAGUGUUCUUGUUGUGGUGUCAUGUUGGAGAAAAAGUGGAACUUUCCUUAUCUCCUGAUUAGGCCUUCUUGGGAGGUUUUGGAUUAUCCCCAGAAAGGAAAUUUAAUUACUGAAGCUGGAGGAGCUGAUGAUUUUGCAGAUGAAGGUCAUGCUUCAGAUGGGAUCAGAUCAGAUUUUGUGGCUGAUUAUCAGGAAGAUGAACAGAGGAUUGAAGAAAACAAUAGAGUUCAGAUCAUUUCUGAUGGUGGUGGUGAGGGUGUUAAAGGAAGCGAAUUGGAAAAAGAGGAGGACUUCUCAUGUUUUAUUUCUAGUUUCGAUUGCAACCAAAUGGCUGCUAAUGAAGAUGAUGUGGUUAUACAGAAAGAUCAAGUGUCAAUGAAAGAAGAAGGAAACUUAAAUGUGUCAAUGGAUGGUCAGCUGUUGACUCAAGUCGCUUGUAGAGACGACGAGUCUCCUGAAAUUCUGCCUAAGCAUCUGGAGUUCUACAUCGAGGGGGAUGACUGUCAUUUGAUUCCUGUUGAAUUGAUGGAUUCUAUUGCAGUAGAAAGCCAAAGAAUAUACACGUUUAGAGAGGAAGAUCAAGGUAUUUCUGGUAAUGGAGAUGUUAUUUUGGAUUUUGAUUUGCAUGCUGGGACACUGGUGGAAUUGAAUGUGGAGAAUAGGUGCAGCUCAGGAGAGAAAGUGGCAUUACUUUCAGCCCAUGAAAGUGAGGAUGAAACCAGUGUUGCAGUAGUUGAAUCAGUGGAGCCCAAUGAGAGGAAGGAGAGCUUUUCAAUGCAUGCAGGAGAGGAAGAUGAGCAAGUUGCUAGCACUCAAGCAACUCCGGCCUCUUUGAAUGAAUCUGAUGUUCGAAGAAAUGCAGCAACUGGAGAAAGGGAAAUGGAUGAAGAUGUCAAUCAAGUUUCUGAUGAGCAAAAUGAUGAAAUUGAAGCAGAGAUUUCAAUAGGGAAAGAUAUUCUUGAUCAUGAACCAAUUGAAGAUUUUCAAAUGCAACAUUUGUAUGAUUGCACACAAGAAGAUCCCACCACCAGUUCUGCUCAACUGCAUGCAGAUGCUGAUCAAGACUACAAGAAUGCUGAGGAAGAAACAAUACAGUUUAAAACUUUAACAGUUGAGACAUUUGACGAAGCAAUAAAAAGUCAUUUAUCACUAUCUUCAGAGCUUAAUGAGAUUGAGGAAGAUAAAGUUCCUGAUACACCCUCUUCUAUAGACAGUCUUCACCUGUUGCAUAAGAAGUUGCUAUUGCUUGACAGAAGAGAAUCAGGAACAGAAGAUUCAUUGGAUGGAAGUGUUUUUAGUGACAUUGAGGGUGCUGAUGGAAUACUGACCGUUGAGAAGUUGAAAUCAGCAUUAAAAGCUGAAAGGAAGGCUUUAAAUGCUUUGUAUACAGAACUUGAGGAAGAGAGGAGUGCUUCUGCUGUAGCAGCAAACCAGACAAUGGCAAUGAUAAAUAGGCUUCAAGAAGAGAAGGCAGCAAUGCAGAUGGAAGCCUUACAGUAUCAGAGGAUGAUGGAAGAACAGUCUGAGUAUGAUCAGGAAGCCUUGCAGCUAUUGAAUGAGCUUAUGGUCAAGAGAGAGAAAGAGAAGGCAGAGCUUGAAAAAGAGCUGGAGAUAUAUCGCAGGAAGGUUCAGGAUUAUGAGGCCAAAGAGAAAAUGAUAAUGCUGAGAAGAAGGAAAGAUGACAGCACUAGGAGCGCAACUUCUACAUCUUGCAGCAAUGCUGAGGAUAGCGAUGGACUAUCAGUUGAUUUGAAUCAUGAACCAAAGGAAGAAGAUAGCUUUGACAACCGUCAAGAGGACUGCAACCAGAACACCCCUGCUGAUGCAGUUUUAUAUUUGGAGGAGUCAUUGGCUAACUUUGAGGAAGAGAGGCAAUCAAUUCUAGAGCAGCUCAAAGUUUUGGAAGAGAAAUUGGUUUCACUGAAUGAUGAAGACGAACAACAUUUUGAGGAUAUAAAAUCAGUUGAGUAUUUAUAUGAAGAGAAUGGUAAUGGCUUCCAUGAGAGUUCUGAUUUCAGCUAUGAAACAAAUGGGGUUGCCAAUAGUCAUUUCAAGAGAGUGAAUGGGAAACAUGACCAAGAGAAAAAACUCAUGGCUGCAAAGUCAAAGAGACUUCUCCCUCUUUUUGAUGCCACUGAUGCAGAAAUUGAAGAUGGGAUACUGAACGGACAUGAAAAUGGCUUUGAUUCUGUUGCCUUGCAACAUUCUUCACCAGCCAACUCUGAACUAGAGUACAAAAAGCUUGCAAUUGAGGAAGAGGUGGAUUAUGUUUAUGAGAGGCUACAAGCACUUGAGGCAGAUAGGGAGUUUCUGAAGCAUUGUAUCAGCUCUUUGAGGAAAGGAGAUAAAGGAAUCUACCUUCUUCAAGAGAUUUUACAACAUCUUCGCGAUUUGAGGAGUGUGGAAUUCCGAGUAAGGAGUAUUGGAGAUGCUGCUAUGUAGUUGCAUUAGGCAGAAUACACUUGGAAGGCUAAUCGGUAAAUCUUAAUCUGCUGUUCUUUGUAUUCAUAUCAUAGAGUUAUAUUUUCUUGUUACUUCUACCUUUCAGUUGUAAAUGUAAUGGUACUUAUUUCUUUAUUGAUUUUAUGUUCUUGAUUAUUGUGGAAUGCUCAAUUGGAGUUGCUUAACCGCUACAAAGUUAGGAUUAGAAAAGAAAAACACCAACUUAGGCAAUGAUUAAAGAUACAGGCGCCAAUACACUUCAACAUUUUCAACAAUUUUCGAGUCCCUGCUGGAGAGGGAGGCUCCUGCUCUGUUUGGUGAUCUUGGUGGACUGAAAAACUGAAAGUCUGUGAUGUUCCCUUUGCGUUUUCCCGGUUUCAGUGUCCAAGUAAUCCCAACAUUUUUGUGGGUUCAGCUCUUCAUCACCUUUUUGAGGAAAAGGAGGAUGGUAAGUGUAUGCAUGUUGCAAGCUAAUUAGGUGAAAGCCAAGCUGUCAUCUGUAUGUUGUGAGAAAGGGCCUGGCCUGCAGAGCUGGAGUUAUCCAACAAAGAUUCCUGUGCCAGAUGCAUAGCGUUAGUUUAUUCAGACAGUUAGAACUAGGCUGCUCUUUUUGUCAUUUUUUAUAAUCUUUCCAGGGAAGGGAAAGAAAGGGUAAGUAACCCCAUUUUCCUUCUCAUCUUUUGCAUCAUUUCAUCAUCUGGUGGGUCUGUCUAUUAUUUUGAGAGAAUGUUGAGUUUCUUAUGUAAUACAUGCAUCCAUCUGUAAGUAUAUAAAAUGAGUGUUUGUUUAUACUGUUUUGGAGCUGUUCCUUUGUUUUUUUUUUGUAUAUAUAUAUAUUCCUUGUUCGAAAGUCCAUGACAAAGGUUGUCAGGUAGAUGUACAAAAACAAAA